AUGGCUAGAAAGGUGAAGCGACCCACGGCCAACCCCGGAUCCCUGGGGACCGCCUGCCAGCUGGACGGUAAACCGGCAAAUCCCUACGCAGGCACCCUGAAGCGACUCCGGGAUGCCUUCGACUCUGGAAGGACCCGGCCUGCCGAGUUCCGAAUUGCCCAGCUCCAGGCACUGAGCCGCUUCCUGAAGGAAAACCGAAAGUUGAUCCUGGACACCCUGAAGAAGGACAUGGGCAAGCCAGCUGUCGAGGCCGAUGUGUCCGAGAUCGUCUUAUGCGAGAGUGAAAUCAAGCUUGCUCUGAACAACCUCCACACCUGGAUGAAGGAUGAGAAGGUGGAGAAGAACUUGGCCACCCAGCUGGACUCAGCUUUCAUCAGGAAGGAGCCCUACGGCGUGGCCCUCAUCAUUGCCCCUUGGAAUUACCCUUUGAACCUCUUGCUGGUGCCUUUGGUGGGGGCCAUUGCUGCAGGAAAUUGCGUGAUUCUGAAGCCCUCAGAGAUAAGUAAGAACAUGGAGAAGGUCGUUGCCGAGGUGCUGCCCCGCUACCUGGACAAGAACUGCUUUGCCAUCGUAGUGGGAGGCCCCCAGGAGGCCACGGCCCUGCUCAAGAACAAGUUUGACUACAUCUUCUUCACAGGGAGCUCCCGGGUGGGCCGGAUCGUCAUGACGGCGGCCUCCAAGCACCUGACCCCCAUCACGCUAGAGCUGGGGGGGAAGAACCCCUGCUACGUGGACGACGACUGCGACCCCCAGAACGUGGCCAACCGCGUGGCCUGGUUCCGUUUCUUCAACGCGGGCCAGACGUGUGUGGCCCCAGACUUCCUCCUGUGCAGCCGGGAGACGCAGGAGAGGCUGCUGCCCGCCCUGCAGCGCGCGGUGACCCAGUUCUACGGGAAGGACCCCCAGCAUUCCCCGGACCUGGGCCGCAUCAUCAGCGAGAAGCACUUCCACAGGCUGCGGGGCCUGCUGGGCAGCGGCCGAGUCGCCCUCGGCGGCCAGUGGGACGAGCAGGAACGCUACAUGGCCCCCACCGUGCUGGUGGGGGUCCAGGAGACGGACCCGGUGAUGCAGGAGGAGAUCUUUGGGCCCAUUUUGCCCAUCGUGAACGUGCAGAGCCUGGACGAGGCCGUGGCCUUCAUCAACAAGAGAGAGAAGCCCCUGGCCCUGUACGCCUUCUCCAACAACGCCAAGGUGGUGAACGAGGUUCUAGAGCGGACUCACAGCGGCAACUUCGGGGGCAACGACGGCUUCAUGUACAUGACGCUGAUGUCCCUGCCUUUCGGGGGAGUGGGUCUCAGCGGGAUGGGCGACUACCACGGCAAGUUCACCUUUGACACCUUCUCCCAGCGGCGUGGCUGCCUCCUCCGGAGCCCACGCCUGGAGAUGAUCAACCAGCUCCGCUACCCGCCCUACAGCCCACGCCACCAGCGGCUCUUGGUGUGGCUCGUGGACCACAAGCUGGGCUUCCCUUGCUCCAUUCUGUGA